CUACGUUUGGCAAUUUAGUCACAGUUGUUUGUUUGAUAUUGGCCAUAAAAGAAGCGGGUCAGUCUUGAAGCUCUUGAUUACACCAUGGUUGUUGUUAGGAUUUAAUAAAAAUAACUCUAACUGAACUUAAAAAAAGGAAAGCCAUAUAGAACUAUUAUAAGUCAUUUCCUGCUGUUGGCUGUCUGCCACCUCUCUGUCAGCAUGUGAUCAAACCAGAUGUGAAACUCCCCGCUUCUUGCAACAAGCAACCCUCAACCAUACGGAUCAACGCCGUGCUUGGACCUGUAGACUUUGAGUGUUUGAGAAAGUCAGACAUGAUGCGGAUUGCUCUCUAUCUCCUGACACUCUGCUUCUCUACAACCAAAGCUGAGCCGUGUAAUGCUAUCGUCUCUAUCUGUAUGGACCAAGAUCCCUCAAUAUGGACCAGGUGUUAUGAGGAUAAAAUUACGACAUGUUUAAUGCCAAGGAUCGGUCCUUCAAGCGUCAUUCAAUUAACAGCGAACUCAUCAGAGAAGGCUGAAGUGAAGAUCCUAUCGAGACACAGGGUCGAAGUCCCAUCCUCAGCUCUUCAGAGAAUCGGGAGAACGCAGUCGGAUGAAUCCAUCCGCCUGGUAGCCGCAGUGAUCAACAGCAGUUUUUUUCAGCAAACACCUCCUCCGAGCAGAAGAAGGGUGUUGAUUACCCAGAAGCCUGUCGACAAACAGGAAACCGUUUUAACAGAGCAGGUCCUGUUUUUGAAGGCUGGAAGCCAGUCAGUCAGCGGUCUUACUGAGCCUGUCCAGUUAAUCUUCAACCACAAUAAAACGGAGAACAGUGGAAGGUGUGUGUUUUGGAAGGAGCCACAUGCUAUGAAUGAAACAGGCCAGUGGAGCGCUGAAGGCUGUGACACCACCAAAAGUGAAGAAGAAUUUAUAUGCAGCUGCAACCACCUGAGCUUUUUUGCUGUGCUUGUGAAUCCAGACUUGAAUUUGAAGGUGGAUGGAAGUAAUGCUGUGAGACUUAGUGUCAUCACCUACAUUGGAUCAGUGCUCUCUGCCCUCUUCGCAUUUAUCAGCCUGUUCAACUAUGUUCAUCUGCAUCGACGGCGACCCGAGAAGGCCCUUGGCAUCCACAUGCAGCUGACAGUGGCCUUGUUGUGCCUCCACCUCAGCUUUCUGAGCUGCAGUUUCUGGACAUUUCUGCUAGAUGAAAAAGAGGAUGGCUUGGUUUGUCGAGGUCUGGGUCUCUUCCUGCACUGGUCUCUGAUGGCCACGUUCACCUGGGUGGCCCUGGAAGGAUUCCACCUUUACCUACUCCUCAUCCGAGUCUUUAACAUCUAUGUCAGACGAUACCUGCUCAAACUCUCCAUGGUGGGAUGGGGCCUUCCUACCGUUGUUGCAGUCAUUUGUGGGAUUUUAGGCGUUUAUGGCAAAUACACUCUGCAAAUCAAAGAUUCCAACAAUCAAACAUCACAAAUAUGUUGGAUGAGCGACAACUUCCGACAGAGACAAUUGGUCACCUACAUCACUUUGGCUUCUAUUUGCCUGGUGGUGCUGUGUAAUUCCUGUAUGCUGUUGCUAGUGGUUGUUAAAAUAAGGGGGUUACGAAGUGGCAGAGACUAUGAAUGCAACGAUUUGAAGAUGAACAAGGAGAAAUGGCCCAGGUUAUGGAAAGACUGUGCCACAGUUCUGGGCCUCAGCUGGGUACUAGCAUUACCGUGGGGGCUAGCUGGCCUCACUUACGCUACCUUACUUGGAAUCUACUUGUUCACCAUCUGUAACUCUCUGCAAGGUGUAUUCAUGUUCCUAUGGUCUGUGGCUUUGCUGUGCAAGACUCGAUCAGAAAAUAACUCUUCAGUUCGAGAUCCUUCUUCUCAGAAAAUGAUGAUGACCAGCUUCAAUAACUGAUAUUUGCUGCAAAGAAAAACACAGUGCCUAUAUUAGGUGAUGGCUGACUAAAUUUAGAAGCCUUAAAAUGUUACAAUGACCAUUUUUGCUAUUGUUAACCUUUUCUUUGAGAUCUAUCAAAAAAUGAAAUGCACUAGAAAUUGUAUCUCCUUUAAAUGUAUUUAUUGUUCAGUUUUAUUUCUUAUUGCUUACAACGCAAAGACAUGAAUCAUUUUCACUGGAUAUACCAGUAAAUAAUAAACAUUUUAAAAACA